AUUCACAGACAGGCACUGACUUCCAAUCCUUGUUGAGUGAGUGAUUGGUUCAGGGUAGGCGGGACAGAGCUGAUUAUUUUGUUCUGGCUGCAGUUCUUCAGCCCACAAAUAAAAAGAGACAGUACUGAAGAACUAAGAAGUUCAACUUUGGGAAAGAAGGUAAAGAAAAGACAGUAAUGCCACAGAACGUGGUGCUGGAUGGGCCAGCCCCUUGGGGAUUUCGGCUUUCAGGAGGUAAAGACUUCAAUCAGCCGUUGACCAUAACACGGGUGACACCAGGCAGUAAAGCAUCACAAGUCAAUCUGUGCCCAGAAGACAUCAUCCUGGAAAUCCAGGGAGUUUCUGUAGAGGGUAUGACUCAUGCUGAAGCUCAGAACAAGAUCAAAGACUCCACCAAUCAGCUUUUCCUCAAGAUAGAGAGGCCAGAAACUAAACUCUGGUCCCCUAAAGUUGUAGAAGAGGGAAAAGUGAACCCAUUCAAAAUCAAUUUAGAGGCAGAAAAUCAAGAGUAUAAACCUAUCGGCACAGGCCAUAACAGAAGAGCACAGCCCUUUAUGGCUGCUGCCAGCCUGGAUGACAACAAGCAGGUUGUGAGCUCCACCUACAACACACCCAUAGGCCUCUACUCUACAGAUAACAUCCAGGAUGCCCUGCAAGGACAGAUCCGGAGUCUGAUGCAUGAAAAGCCUGAGGGCCAUAAAACGCUGACAUCCAUCGAAGACUCCCAUGUGUACCGUAUGCUUCAGGAAGACCACGAGCAGCCACAUGAACCACGCCAGUCUGGCUCAUUCAAGGCCUUGCAAGACUUUGUAGAGAGUGAUGGCACAAAGCCCCUAGUGACUAGAAGUGUAAAGGCCCCAGUGACAAAGCCCCAAGCUGGCACAUCCUCAUUGCAGAAGCUGCCGCUCUGUGAUAAAUGUGGCAACGGCAUUGUUGGACCAGUGGUGAAAGCCCGGGACAAGUACCGUCACCCGGCCUGUUUCGUGUGCGCAGACUGUGGCAUGAACAUGAAGCAGAAGGGCUACUUCUUUGUGGAAGGACAGAUGUACUGUGAAACCCAUGCUCGAAUCCGAAUGGUUCCACCUGAGGGACACGACCUAAUUACCGUAUAUCCCACUGCUUAGAGGGACAGCACAACUCAAACAUUAACUUAUAUUAAAUGAUUUCACAUAAAAAUUAAAAUUCUGUCAUUAUUUACUCACCCUGUUUUAAUUUAAAACGUAUGACUUUCUUUCUGCUACUGAACACAAAAGGAUAUAUAUUUUUAAAAUGUCAUGAUCGCUGAUUUCCAUACAAUAGCAGUUGAUAGUGACUAGUGACUCACUCUAAAGCUUGAAAAAGCACACAAAAGUGUCAUAUUCCAUCUUCUAAAGGAUUAAAAUCACUUUGUAUGAGGAACAGACCAAAAUUAAGUUCUCAAAUACAGUCAUUGAACGACUCUUAAAGAGUGUAAAGCUCAAAUAUGGCGACACGUCAAUAACAUCAAACCUCAUUGGUUCUUGUGUCAUGACUCCAUGACAUUUGGUCAUAAGACGCGCAAGAAUCAAUGAGGUUUGACGUCAUUGAGAUGUAGCCAUAUUUGAGUUGUUUACUACUGUUAUUUGCACCGUUUACGAGUUGAUCAAUGAUUUGAUUUGAGAGUGAACAAAGACUUGAAUUUCCAUCUGUUCAUCAUACAAGGUAACUGUAUGCCUUCAGAAGACUUGGAAUACGACACACGGGUGCAUGGACUAUCUUUAUGAACAUUUUGAGUGAUUUUCUAACCAUUGAAGUGUCACUUUCAACUGCCAUUGUAUGGAAAUCAGCGAUUGUGGCAUUCUUUAAAAUGUAUCUUGAGUUCUGCCGAAUAAAAGAAAGUCAUAUGGAAUGAGGGUGAGUAAGGAAUGCCAUCAUUUUCAUAAUUAGGUGAACUUUGACUAUGGUUUAAAUGUCAAAACUUCUCAUUGCUUACACUUAUUACUUCUUGAUGUUCCAUUAAAAUACAAUAUCUGGGUAAUGUAAGCAUAAAGCACACAUCCAUAAUUCAGAGGGGGGUUUAGUAUAUCAGCAUCAGGCCAUAGUAAAAAAGGAAUACUUUUUUUUAAUGGACAUAUUGACUUUUCAUUUACCCAAUAUUGCCUGUGCUGUAUUUUGUGUUUCUUACUCUAUGUAAAUUAAAGCCACCUCUAAGAACA